AUGGAAAAUAAUAUUUCGAGGAAAUUGGAUUUUGAGACUCUGGUGGCGAAGUAUCCACGAUUGGGACGCUAUUUCAACGGAGCCAAGUACGAUUUCCAUAACAACGAUGCAGUGAUUGCGAUUACCGAGGUUUUGUUGAAGGAGUGGGGGCUGACGGUACAUAUACACAGCGACAGAUUAUGCCCGCGACUGUUCAAUCGUCUAGACUACCUGGAGUUCAUGCGCAAAUUGCUGGGUUCUUGGGAUGAUCAUGUGGGGCUUGACGUUGGGACCGGCCAUCUGGCAAUCUAUGCGCUCCUGGGAGCCAAACUGUUUGAUCUUCAAUUUAUAGGCACUGAUAUCGACGAGGAAUCAUUGGAGCUGGCUCGGGCCAUUGUUGUACAGAAUAACCUGCAGGAAAAAAUCCAGCUGGUGCUGACCAGGCAGCAGGAUCCGCUGUUUCGCCGUUUGGUUGAAUUACUGGGCUCUCGAAACGGGUUUGUCAUGUGCAACCCGCCUUUUUAUUCUUCUUUUGAGGAGAUGGAAAAAAGAGCAGAAAUGAAGGCUGACCCACGGUUCCCCAGGGCCGCAGCCAACGAGCUGGUUAUCGAGGGCGGUGAGGUAGCAUUUGUGCAAAACGCGACGCGAGCUCCAGUGCACGCGCGACAAGCUGCUGGAGCGGAUCAAUGGGCUGGAGAAUGUGGAGCAGACCAGAAGAGCGGACUCGGUCAUCUUGGAGCUUCCGGGCGACGUGUGGUCGCGAGCUUACCGCCGUCAACUAAGAUUCUUGGCAGAUCCGGCUCAGGUAGUGCUGCUGCUCGAAAGCCCGAUCAAAGUCGUCUGGAAGAGCGGCUAUAA